AUGACAGACACGCAAAAGAAAGAUACCGACCUCAAAGAGGUCGAGACCGUCGAAGACUCCAUGGAAACCUAUGCUAGGAUCAUGGCCACGCAAAAGCCGAAUCCGAUGGGGCCGGGAUAUAUUAAGCUGUAUUUGCUUUCUGCCGUGGUUUUCCUUUGCUCGACAAUGAAUGGAUUCGACAGCUCGCUCAUGGGCUCCAUCAACGCACUCCCAAACUACACGGCGUACUUUGGCUUGCCGGAGAACGGGAAUGCGAGCACGGGCAUUGUCUUUGCUAUUUUCCAGGUCGGCCAAAUGUGCGGCGCCCUCUUCAUCUGGAUGACAGACUGGUACGGCCGAACAUGGCACAUCUUCUUCGGAUGCCUGGGCGUAUGCAUCGGGACAAUUGUUACUGCACUCGCAGGGAACCUACCGACGUUCAUCGCGGGUCGGUUCCUUCUCUCGUUCUUUGCGACGUGCGCGCAUACCGCGGCGCCGCUGUAUCUCGUUGAGAUUGCGCCGCCAAUCUAUCGUGGGACGAUUGCCGGGAUGUACAAUACUUUUUACAAUGUGGGCUCCGUGUUCGCGACGUCGGCUGUCUACGCGUGUCACAAGUACCUGGCACACCGGGGCAACCUGGAUUGGCGAUUGCCCCUGUGGCUUCAGAUGGUGUGCCCGGGGCUGGUUUGUUUGGCAAUCAAAUUUUACCCGGAGUCUCCGAGAUGGCUUGUGUCUAAAGAUCGCCAUGACGAAGCCAAGGCAGUCUUCACAAGGUACCAUGCCAAUGGCGACGCGGACCAUCCUCUUGUCGCUCUCCAGAUGAGAGAGAUGCUCGCGACAGUCGACCAGGACCACCAAGCCUCGUGGAAGGACCUGUUCGAUCUCCGCGUUCUCGUCGAGUCACGGUCCAGUCGAUACAGGCUCAUGCUCAACAUUGCCUUUUCCUGGUUUGGGCAAUUCAGUGGGAAUAAUAUUGUCUCCUACUACCUCCCCAUCAUGCUCACCGGAAUCGGGAUAACCUCCACAGACACAAAGUUGAUCCUCAACAUCGUCUACGCCGUCGUGGGCUGGGUCAGCAGCAUAAUCGGCUCGCGCCUGCACGACAUCGUCGGCCGCCGCAAGAUGCUCCUCACCACGACGGCCGGAAUGACAGUGUGCCUUGCCCUCGUCGCCGGCUGCGCCGCGGGCUACACCGAAUACGCCAACCAACCCGCCUCUACAGCAUCCAUCGUCUUCAUCUUCCUCUUCGGCGCCAUCUUCGCCUGCGGCUUCACGCCCAUGCAGCCAAUCUACCCGGCCGAAGUGGUCAGCAACAAGAUGCGCGCGAAGGCGAUGGGGACGUUCAAAUUGACGGCGGGGGCGGCCGGGUUCUUGAACACGUUUGUGGGGCCGAUUGCGCUGGCGAACAUCGGGUACUGGUUUUAUGUUUUUUUUGUGUUUUGGGAUGCCGGGGAGAUGGCCUUUAUGUAUUUUUUCUUUGUCGAGACAAAGGGGUUUACGUUGGAGGAGCUGGAUGUUUUCUUUGAGGAUCAGAAUCCGAGGAAGGCGAGUGUGAAGGCGGAUAAGGCGCGGAGGAGGAUUCUUAAGGAGGGGAGGGGUGGGGGGAAUGUAUAG